CUGACGGACGCGGCGAGCGGCCAGUGCGAGCCCGGGGUAGUCUGCGCUCUGGCCUGGAAGCGCCGGACCCACCGGCGAGGUGUGUUGGCGGCUGGCAGAGUGAGGCUUUGGCAGACAUGGCACCCAGCGCGCUGGCUCCCGAGCCGGAGGAGAGUCGGAAGGGCAUCCGGGCCGUGUUGCUAGGGCCGCCCGGGGCUGGCAAGGGGACCCAGGCACCCAAAUUGGCUGAAAACUUCUGUGUCUGCCAUUUGGCUACUGGGGACAUGCUGAGGGCCAUGGUGGCUUCGGGUUCCGAGCUGGGGAAAAAGCUGAAGGCGACAAUGGAUGCUGGGAAACUGGUGAGUGAUGAAAUGGUUGUGGAGCUCAUUGAGAAGAAUUUGGAGAGUCCUUCAUGCAAAAAUGGCUUUCUUCUAGAUGGCUUCCCUCGGACUGUGAGGCAGGCUGAAAUGCUUGAUGACCUCAUGGAGAAGAGGAAAGAGAAGCUUGAUUCAGUGAUUGAGUUCAGCAUUCCAGACUCCCUACUGAUCCGGAGGAUCACUGGAAGGCUGAUUCACCCCAAGAGUGGCCGGUCCUACCAUGAAGAGUUCAACCCUCCAAAGGAGCCCAUGAAAGAUGAUAUCACUGGAGAGCCCCUGAUCCGCAGGUCAGAUGACAACGAGAAGGCCUUGAAGAUCCGCCUAGAGGCCUACCACACUCAGACCACCCCACUCGUGGAGUACUACAGGAAACGGGGCAUUCACUGUUCCAUCGAUGCGUGCCAGACCCCUGAUGUAGUGUUUGCGAGCAUCCUAGCAGCCUUCUCCAAAGCCACAUCCUAGUAAAAGAAGGCCAGGCGAGACUACACCCUGCUCAUCUCCCCGCCGCGUGAUCCCUGCUCUUAGGUGCUGGGCAGAAGGGAAAGGGGUGGUCAUGGGAAGGAAGGAUGGUGUGGGAAGCGGUGAGGGGCUCAAGACGAGCAUUUGGAACGUGGCAGUGUUGUGAUUAGAUUUUUCUUAAACGCAUAGGUGGGAAUUUGUGAAGUAUAAGCAAAGGGAAAGAUUAAUUUUUUAAAAAAAACUGUGAUUGGAGGGCAUCGAUGCAAAUGAGGAGCUAAGGUAUUAUUUUUUAAGCAAUCGAGCUUUCAUUUACUCUGGACCACAAAGCUAAUGCUCUAAGAGACCUCAGCUUCAUGGAUCACCAAGCCAAGAAUCCAGCCAUCAGACUGGGCCUGUGUGUCCUGUGCACAAGAGGGGCUGAGGGCUACUGCCGGUGGGGGUGUGAGCUCAUGGGAGUGGGUCAGCAAAUCCUUUUUACUGGAAUUGUGAGGAGCAAGGGGAGAUAGAUCCCACACUUCUUAACCACUUACAGUCACCUGCUCUAGCAGUAAAGCCUUCCACGGCCACUCAGUACACACUAGUCCUACAAUGCUGCCUUCUUCAUCCACGGGACCCUUUACAGUUAGUGAACAAGGGCUAGGAAUGUAGUUCAGUGGCACAUGUGUGCCUAGCAUUACAAGGGCCUGGGUUCAGUCCCCAACAGUGAAGGGGGAACAAAAGUUAAAAUGUCUUAAGCUAAAUCAUCCAAAGAUUGUUCUUCUCACCCUCAAAUCCUGUGACUGGGAUCACCUGACAACACUGUGAUGUAUUUUCCAAUGAGGUGCCUUCAUAACUGACCAAAUGCUGCCGUGUUUGGCCCCUGAGUCAAUAAAGUAUGUUGAAAAUUUGUA